CGGGUCACCGUAAAGGGCAAAGCCUGCUGCAACAGAAAGAAAAGUUGUUCGCGGAUCUCUUAGUAACUUUUAGGCUUCAUCCUGCUGCCAUGAGCAGGACAAGAGGUCUCAACGCCCGUCUGGAGCGCCACGGUAAGGCGGCCCUCCUGUAAAGGCGUUCAGCCUCGAAGCGCCCCUGGGGUUUCUCAGGCUCCAGCCAUGUUACCUGGGCAGAACACGGAGGGCCUCAGCCCGAAAAACCAGAGAGAGAGGGAAGAAGGUACCCCGUGCAGCAGCCUUCACAGGCCUCCAGCUCAAACAGGUUGUGGGAUGUUCACUCUCCUGUCAUCCAUCAUUGCUGCCAUCAGUGGAUUUUUGAUGGGUUAUGAGCUUGCAGUUAUCUCUGGAGCUCUUCUUCAGUUAACUAGCAUCCUAACCCUUUCAUGCCGACAACAAGAAAUAAUUGUAAGCGCACUUCUUUUUGGUGCCUUGUUAGCUUCAUUAACUGGUGGGAUCCUGAUAGACAAAUAUGGGAGGCGACUUACCAUUAUGCUGUCAUCUGGUUUACUAGUUGUGGGCAGUCUGAUUCUGAUAAUUUUUGCCUCAUAUGGACUACUUAUAUUAGGACGGAUUGUAAUAGGGGUUUCUAUUUCACUUUCUUCAACUGCGACAUGUGUGUAUAUCGCAGAGAUUGCCCCACAGCACAGAAGAGGCUUGCUUGUGUCUCUAAAUGAACUCAUGAUUGUAACGGGCAUUCUCUUUGCCUACAUUUCUAAUUAUGCCUUUGCUAAUGUUUCCCAUGGCUGGAAGUACAUGUUCGGCCUUGUUAUUCCACUGGGGAUUUUACAAACAAUUGCUUUAUAUUUUCUUCUGCCCAGUCCUCGGUUUCUGGUUAUGAAAGGUUUUGAUGAAGCUGCUAGUAAAGUACUUGGAAAGCUCAGGACAACUUCGGACACUACUGAAGAACUCGCUAUGAUCAAAGCUUCUUUGAAAGAUGAACACCAAUAUCAUUUUCUGGAUUUGUUCCAUUCAAAAGACAACAUGAGAACACGGAUGCUGAUAGGGAUCGUUCUAGUUUUUUUUGUGCAAGCAACCGGACAACCCAACAUCUUGUAUUAUUCAUCCACUGUUUUGAAAUCAGUUGGAUUCCAGAGCAAUGCAGUGGCUAGUCUGGCCUCAACUGGGGUUGGAGCAGUAAAAGUGAUCAGUACCAUUCCCGCCAUUCUUUUUGUGGACCAUGUAGGAAGCAAGACAUUUCUCUGUAUUGGCUCAUCCCUCAUGUCCGUGUCCUUGGUCACCUUAGGAUUAGUAAUGCAUAAUAUACAUGUGAACGUCACCACUGUCUGUAAAAACCAGUCUUUGGAAGAGUUCCGAUUUCAGAGAGCGGGAACAGUGAUCUUCAGUAAUGAAACUUUUAAGGAACAUUUUGCUGACACAACUUUAUCUGUUAAAAGUUCACAGUGGAAGGAUGAAAGUGCUGACCCAGAGAAUCAGAACAAGACAGCAUUGGCAGGAGAUAAAACUUCUGUCCAUAUGCAAGCAGAAUCCCAGGUAGCAGUUGAACCUGCAGAGGUACGAACCUCUCUGAAAUGGCUCUCUUUGGCUAGCUUGCUUGUUUAUGUUGCGGCUUUUUCCAUAGGACUUGGACCAAUGUCAUGGCUGGUGUUAAGUGAAAUAUUUCCUGGAGGGAUCAGAGGAAGAGCGAUUGCUUUCACAUCAAGCAUGAACUGGGGGGUUAAUCUCCUAAUCUCCUCAACAUUUUUGACUAUAACAAACCUUAUUGGUUUACCAUGGAUCUGUUUCAUUUAUGCACUGAUGAGCCUAGCAUCAUUAGCUUUUGUCAUUAUCUUUAUACCGAAGACAAAAGGAUGUUCUUUAGAGCAAAUAUCCAUGGAACUGGCAAAACAGACAAGUUAUGCUGCAGAGGCAGUGAUAUUUGGCCUCCUGAGAUAGUUUGGGUCACUCUGAUUGCAAGAAGCCUCUUUCCAGUGCUCACUAGAAACACCAGAAGUGGCUUCAGUCUUUGCAGAAUAUGUGCACAGAAGCCUGGACUGGACAUUGGAUCAGUAUGCUGUAGAACAAUAUGAUAGCUUUAAUUUGAACUGGGGAAAUAAAUUGCUUCAUGAAACAGCAGUGGUGUGAAUAACCCCGCUCUAAGCAAGAAGCCUACAUAUUGAACUUCAAGAAUUAGAUGCAUCUUCACCUGCCUAUUGUGCACAGUGUCAUGGCAGUGUGUCCUUUGCAAAAACUUAAAUUCAAAUUCUUCAGGAGUUUAAAAGGAGUAGAAAGCAGACAGUGUUAUGUUAGUUAUGCAAAGCAUGUGGAUAUGCAUACUGUUUUUUUCAAAUUUACUUUACUUGCAUAGAUAAAAAUGCUGUUUUUCAGAUCUUCUGCUUAAACCUUAACCAAAACAUAUCAUGAAAUAUCCUGUACAAACCUGGUGCUGGCUAGGUAUUUGGGGAAUUGAAGUACCAACAUCUAGAGUGUACCAGCUUGAGGAAAGCUGUUAAGAAAUAUAUCAGUAUUCUCUGUACUAUUUUGAUAAAUAAUUGUUGAUGAUGGUUAUCAUAACAGAAAUAUAUUCCAUUCCAUUUAAUAACUUCUGAGCUGCUGACAUAGGAUGGGAAAGGACAAAAAGCAAAGCUAAUUCCAGCUGUUACCCAAUUAGAUCCCCAACAUUUUUGGACCAGUGGGAACUUCUGGAAUUUUGAAAGGCUAUUCGCACUUUUACAAAAUGGUUGGUCAUACCCACCAUGGCCCAUAUACUAGAAGGAAAGCAAAACUCUGGGCUGUAGCCACCCAUCAUUUGAUUUUCUAGGAAUCCUUCUGGGAUCUGUGUGGGGUUCAGAAGCAUUAAUGGAAAUAAAAGCAUUGCUGGAGACUGAUUCCUGAUGCUUUGCACCAUGCUAGUUCCCAUU